UUCAAGGGUUAACAGAUACGUUUAGCAAUGCAUGCUGGGAGUUGUAGGCACGAAGGAUUCCGGAGAGCGCGAACCAAUCAAAUGCUCUUCCUCUUUUUUCUUGUAAUGGCCGCUUCCAGGAAGUAGGUGGUGUUCUGAACGAUUGCAUGGUUUCCAAGGUCUCAGCGCUAGUUGAAGAAGUAAAUACCCCAAAUACAAGCUUCCCCAGAUUCAACUGGCUUGAAGUGCCAGUUCUUCUCAGUAUUUAGGCAUUCAUUCAGGAUAAUCUGACUGGCAAUGAUUGGGAGCAUGGCUGCAAUUGGGACCACUUCCCAGAUCUUCUUGGUGCUGUUCUCGCUACUGGUUGGGCUACCUGCUGUGGAAGCUUUGGAUGCUGGCGAUGCAUUAGCCCUCUUGUUGGGUUUGUUUCUCAGUUGCAUUGGAUUAUGUGCCUGUGUGGGCUUAUAUGCAAGAAAACGAAAUGGAGAGCUAUGACUUUAGGGAAACCAAUGCCAAGGUCAAGCACAGCCACUUUUUGGUUGGAUUUAAGGUUUAAAUUUUGAGUUUUGGCUGUUCGCAAAACUGUAAAACACCUCUUCAAAUUUUUGUAUAGCCAUGCUUUGUUCAGGAGUAGGGAUUGUGCUUGAUAGAAAGGUUUUGGAUAAUCAAGCCCAUGGGAAAAUAAUUGUUUCAUAUAUCUUGUUAUCACAAUGUUGACUUAAGAGGGAAAGUACUUGUCUUAGUGAAUAGGAAAAGUUAACAAUACAAAUUGUACAUGAGGAAUUAUUACUUGAAGGUGCAAUGGGGAAAUAGGAUGUGGAGGCUGUUGUGCAGAAACUGGUCAAGCUGUAUCUACAACCUUUGAAAAUCUAGAAACUCUUCUGCUUGGUUUUAAGUUAGGCACUGCAAUGCUUAGCUUCCUCAAAUGCAAGCAAAUGUCUCUCGCUUAAAUUUUCCCAAAAUGUAAACCAAAGUCCCUUACUUGUUUUGUGUUUCUAUCAAGCUGAUAUGUAUACUCCUAGUUCUGUAAUAUUUUCACUUUGGGGUCUUCCUUGUUGUAAUUUCAAAGAGUUGGGCCACAGGAGCAUGUCUUGAACAAGUCUUGUUGAAAUGGUUAGGAAGCGCACAAGGGUAUGGCUUUCAUCUGGCAUGCUUCCUUUUCAUUUCAGUACAGCUUGCAUAUGUGUUCCUAGUGGAUUAUGCUCCAAGACCUCAUCAUUGUUAAGUUUCUUAGGAAGAAAUUUUAAAAACCAAAUAUUUUCUGUCUAUGUCUUGAUUUGUUUCUAUCUUUUAUUGUGUACAAGGGGGGUUAAUAAAUAGCUAAACUGUCAAUAAUUUAAAAGUAUUAAAUGAAGUGAAGGGUUACUGAGAACCCAACCAGAUGAUUACGCUAAAGUUUCUAUUGUAACUAAAUAGAUAAAAUUCUACAAGUAAUUGAAAUAGUGGCAUGCAGACUCUCAUGGUAUGUUCUUGACUUGCGUGCUUUUAAUUCUCCAGUGAUUGAGAGCCUAGAUCUUUGGAGAAGAUCUACCUAGAUGAUUUGUAAGAUUAUAGCUAAAACACAUGUUUAAAAAAUGCUACAGAACAGAAUGAAUUGUAUAGCCUAAGCCUUGGGAAUAUAGGACUGUUGAAUACACAUCCUUAGCUGGAUCCCAAAUUGCAAUGAUUGCUUUGAGCUGCUUUCCGGGAAGAGUCUAAACAUGGCACAACAGAUGAUUCUACUUUGAUAACUUAGAUCAGGGAUAAGAAAUGUGUUCUAAAGGAAUGACCAUUUUAUUUCCAAUUGUAGGUCCCAAGAGCCAGCUGGUAUGUUUGCUAUGAAAUUUGCUUUAAAAAAAAAAGAACGGGGGGAAAAAGCAAGCAUGAAUGAUGUGAGUUCAAGGGAGCGAGACUGAAUAGAAGCAAGCAGUGUUAUGGGCCAACAGUGACUGAACCAAUGAGUCACUCUAUUUCUCUAAUAUUUGUGGGGAUGUAGAAGACUCCCAUGGGAAGUGGGAAAUGCCCCCUGCCUCCAUGCUGCAUUCACUUUGCCAUUAGUAGAAACUUCUUGCUGAUCUACAAUCUGCCCUACCCCACUUAGUGUGUCUCUUAACAGACUCUGCACGCGCGCACACAUGCAAGAGUGUAAAUUUUCACAACCUUUCUGAAGCACCGACUUGCCAGUUUCAAAUGCACAUUGGAAUAGGAUUAACCUAUCUUUUUCUUUUUCUAAAUACAAGAGAUUGUCAAGGCAAGCUCAAACACUACUUCACCACAGGUUCUGCCUCAGUUGCUUUUCUGUUCCCUUAGGGUUGGGAUCACUUUAUAAGAAUUUUUUUCCUGUACUUGGAUAUAUUACUCCAUUAUAAAAUACAUGCACACUGUCAUAUGUGAAGUGGUGGGGAGGGCAUUGUAGCUUGUCCAUUGGGUGAUUGUUGAAGGUUCGAACUUGCUCCUUACAUGCAUUUUAAAGGUUGGGCACCAGAAAAGAAAUAGGUAUUCACUUGACAUCUGGCAUGAUGUACUUGUACUUCUUACAUGAUUUCUUUUGUAUGUGACUACAAACAUUGCCUUGUAUGGACAACCCCUUAUAAGCAAGCUUGUUUGUGCAUAUAACAAAGGCCAUUGAAAGAAAUGUCCUUGCUGUGACCUUGACCUUGGCUUCAAAAGAAACAGUUACUUGUAUAAUAUUUUAUCUCCAGUUUCGUGUAGAGAGGCUGCUCUGAAAAAUGACUUGCUCCUGUCUAAAGCUAACUGGGAGGCAACUUUGUUCAAAGCUUAGAAUAGAAUAUGAAGCCAAAGAAAUGUACAUGACUUUCCUCUAUGUGUUAUGUAUUUUUAAUUAUUUUACCUUAUAAUUGUAUUCAAAAUCCUUAAAAUGGACUGCAUUUGAAAGUAUAGGCCUUUGAUCUGAAAGAGAUGUUUCUAAGGCUUUGUGCACCUGGUUUGGUGAUUCCUAGAGUGGGGAAAUACCACAUUGUGUUGGAUACUGUCACCUCAUUACAAUUUUUUUUCACUUCUUGAGAGUCACGGAACAAACUUUGCAAAGAUGCUAGUUUGCGCAUGUGACACCAAGGAUAUUGAAAAACCUUGUUCUUUGCCUAAACCUGCAUAUUUCUAAUGGAACAGUUAUUUGUAUGCACAAUUCUGCCCUUUAUGGAUUAUGAUGGAAUCUACAGAUCUUACUGUUUACUAAGAAGAAUAUAUUUGUAAGCAACUUAAAAUGGAAGCAAUCCUUCAGUGAGAUUUCUCCUGACUUUACUCAGUUUUUAAUAAAAUACUUUGAUUCUG